AUGUCUAGGGCGACUAAACGUAAACAUGUGCAGAAAGAAAUGCUUACUGCUGAUUGGAAUGGUCCAAUAGAUGAUCAACGCAUUGUUCGCAUAGUUGCUGGCCGUGGCAACAAUCUUCAUGAAGUAUUCUCAGUAGAAGAUAAUGAAACAUUUCUUGUUUCAAUGCCAGCUAAGUUCAGGCGAAAUGUGUGGGUAAAACGAAAUGAUUAUGUUGUUAUUGAACCAAUAGCUGAAGGAGAUAAAGUACGCGGUGAAAUUGUACGUGUGUUAACCAAAGAAGACAUGAAACUAAUGAAACAGAAAGGAUGGAAGAAGGAAGACAAUUGUGAUAUCGAACCAAAUACAAAUCGGCCUGUUGUUACCACAAUCAGCGACUUGAGUUGUACCGAUACAGACACUGAUCAUGAUGAUCCAUCCGAAGAUACAGAUUAUUCAUCAUGA